AUGUCUAAGGGAUUGUGUGAAGUAAUUAAUUUGAUCGAUAAAUCUUUUGAUGAUGGUCCGAAAAACCAGGGAGAAUAUAAUUUUAGUAAUUUAUUAAAUAUUGUUUUCUCUGAUAGUAACUGUAUUAGUGAUGAAGAAGAGAUUAUCUCUGGUUUUAUGGUGUUACUAAAUAUGAUUGGUAAUAUUGGUGAGGAAAAUAUAGAUAGUGAUAAACUUGCUGAAUACGCUAUUUUAUGGUUAAGUUAUAGACUAAAUCAAAAAGCAAAAAAUGGAACCACUACAUUAAACGAUUUUUAUACCGAACGUAUAGAAACAAAUAGUUGCUAUAAUCAGCAUAUAACUGCUGAUAGUGAUAGUGAUAGUAAGAUUAAAAAGGAUGAUAUAUGUAAAAAAAUAAAAUCGAUGGAUAUCGAUAUUAAAGAUAUAUCUAAUUUUUAUGAUGCAUUUAAAUCAUUAUGUAACAUGUAUAGUGAAAUUGGUGCAGAAGGCUACGAAUGCAAUAAAUGUUUUGAAAAUGCUAGAGAAUUGUUUGAAAAAUAUGAAAAACUUAAAAAUGAUUUAGAUAUUAAUAAAGGAAGUUCUUAUUUUCAACUAUUGUCUAAUUUAUCAAAUGAUUAUAAAAAUUUUGAAAAAUUAUAUAAUAUGGCAUGUGCUAAUUCAUCACCACUUGUAGCUUGUCCACGAAGUUCAGUAACAAAAAAUAUACUAAUUACAAUUGGAAUUAUAUUUGUUACAGCAUCAAUUUUAUUGGGAGUUUCUUAUAAGUAUUCGUUAUUUGGAUUUCGGAAACGAUCUCAAAAACAAAAAUUAAGAGAAAAGCUAAAAAAAUAA